UUCAAUUCUGCGCAUGCGUGCCUGUGUCAUCUGACAGCAAGUGGCAUUUGCUUCUUCAUAACGUGACGACCGAUUUUACUAUCGAAGUCUGAAUUCUAACGUAGUAAUGUUUAAGAGAAAACUGACUGCCUUAGACUAUCACAGUCCGAGCGGAUUUGACUGUGCAGAUGAAACUCAGUUCAGGAACUUUGUAGUGUGGCUGGAGGACCAGAAGAUUCGGCACUACAAAAUUGAAGAUCGUGGCAACCUGCGAAACAUCCCCAGUUCUGAUUGGCCCAAAGCAUACCAGAAGUACUUGCAGGACGUCAACUGUCCAUUUGGAGCGCCUGAAAGAGCCGAGGCUGUAGAUUGGCUGCUGGGCUUGGCGGUGCGAUAUGAAUAUGGAGACAAUGUGGACAAAUACAGAAACUGUCCAUCAUUGGAAGCCUCCAGCGAUAGCAGAGCUACGUCAGACCCUCUCAUCAACCUGGACAGUGACUCACCGGAUUUCAAGGCGGGCGUGCUCGCCCUGGCCAACAUCCUCAAGAUACAGCGGCAUGACGAUUACCUGGUGAUGCUCAAGGCUGUUCGAAUCCUCAUCCAAGAAAGGCUUUCACCAGAGGCUAUCGCUAAAGCGAGCCACAGCAAAGAGGGUGUCCCAGUAUCCUUAGACAAGCACAACCUGGGAUUUGAUACUGGUGAUGCCAUACUCAACCAAGCAGCUCAGAUUCUGCGUCUGCUGCACAUCGAGGAGUUGAGGGAGCUUCAGACCAGGAUCAACGAAGCCAUCGUAGCAGUCCAAGCCGUCAUUGCCGACCCCAAAACAGACCACAGGCUGGGCAAGGUCGGCAGAUGAGGGUCAUGAGGAACUUCUGGAGGACUGGUGGAAUGAUUUGAAAGCCUGUGGUUGAUACCAUUUUUCUUCUGUGACACUUUUUUUUUGUGCAGAUGGCUAACUUUACGUAUUUUACUAAGACUGUUUGAAAUUGACAACCAUUUGUUCUGAUUUAAAAGGGGGCACUUUUGACUAAUUUGCUUCUUGUUCACCCUUUUUAUGUGCUUCCACAGAGUGGCCAACUUGAAAAAAAAUAAACUGAGUCCAGUACCAAAA